UAAUAUUUGAGGUUGGAGUAACUGCCGGGGUAAUCAACUAGCAGUCAGUGGCAACACUUGCCCCAGCCUUAUAAUAUGGCCGCUGCAGGCAAGAAAUCAAAAAAGUCAAAAUGGAUCAAAGCCAGCAUCACAGACAUUAUAGCCGAACCAACGACUAUUCCCACGAUAAACAACUGGGCGGACGCUGCAGAUGAAGAACCGACAGAGAGCUAUGGGUUCACGUCGCGGACACGUGCGCCAGUGGUGCUGCCGUCGGCGUCUCGCGCGGCGCGCGGCGGGCUGGCCGUGGAUGACGAGUCCAUCCCGCGCCGCCCGCCUUUCAUUGCACACAUCUCCAAUCUGCCAUAUGAUGUCGACGAGACUGCUAUCACUGAACUGUUUGGAGAACUUAAGAUUGUCAACUUGAGAUUGCCAAGAGAGGGUGACCGCCUUAAAGGAUAUGGAUAUGUCGAUUUUGAAGACAGGGAAAGUCUUAUCAAUGCCAUGAAUAUGCCUGAUCUGACAAUAGGGGGCAGGCGGAUAAGAAUAGAUGUGGCAACACAGGACAGCGACCGCCGCAUGGGCCGAGGGGGAAGGUCUGAUAGGGACAGGGAGUACGACCCGGAGCGCACGAUGGGCGACUGGCGGUCGGGCCCGCGCGCCGUGCCCGAGACGCCGGCGCGGGGCCGCAGCGACGGCCGCGACCGCGACACCAUGCGGGACCGCGACCGCGACCGCGAUCGCGACCGGGACUCGAGCGCAGACAACCGACCGGGUGGUUGGCGCGAUGGCGACCGUCCGGCUCCGGAGCCGGCCCGGACUCCUUACGGCGGCCGGGACUCCUUCGGCCGCGAUCGCUUUGGAGAAGACCGUGGAAGAGAACGAGGUUAUGGCCGUGACGGCGAACGCAGCGGCUACGGUGGCCGCGAUGGGUUCCGAACUGCUGAGCGAGAUGGAUUCAGUCGUGAUGGCCGAGGUUUUGGUGGAAGAGGGUUCGGCGACCGUGACCGUGAUCCACCAGCAAGAGAAGAACCAGCACGACCCCGCGAACGUCCUAAGUUGAAUCUCCUGCCACGGACGGUACCGCGCGAUGUGGAGACUCCAACCAAACCAGCCGACGGCGCUCCGAUCGAAGACAAGCCGCCCGAGAAGACCGUCGCUAAGCCUGUUCCCGCCGAGAAGGUCUUCGGUGCCGCCAAGCCCGUCGACACCGCCGCUAAAGAAAGAGAAAUUGAGGAGCGUCUACGUAAACAAGAGGAGGAAUCUAGACGCGCCGCCGAAGAGAAGGAACGUUGGGGUCGUAGAAAUGAUCAUUCUGGCGAUCGGCGUGGUGGUGCAAGGCGAGAUGACCGCGGCAGAGAUUCACGCAGCUACAACAGAGAUAGACGCGACUAUUCCAAGGACGACAAAGAUCGCCGCGAUAGGGAAGACAGGAGUAAACGCGACUACUCCAGGGACGAUAGGGACAGGCGCGACCUCAAAGACGAUAGAGACCGGCGCGAUUACAGGGACGACCGGGACAGGCGUGAUUACAGGGAUGAGAGGCGCGACCAUUCAGGUGAUAGGCGCGAUUCGCGGGAUAGACAGAACUCUCGUGACAGACCGGACUCGAGCGAUAGAAGGGAUUCCCGGGAGAGGCGCAACUCCCGUGACAGGGAUGUAUCAGGAGAUAGGCGGCCCCAGUCCUGGGAUCGAGACUCCGGCGAACGGGACCAGAAACCGCGCGAUGAGCGCAACGGCCGCGCAAGGCGAAGUCACUCGCGGGAUCGAGAUGACCGAGAAGAGAAACCAUUACCUAAAUUUAAGGAAAUCGAAAAGCCGAACUUUGUAGCUUCAAAUAAAUUCAGCUGCCUUGAAGACGCUGACGACGGCGGCUCUGAUUAACACGUAUGAACUUCUUUGUGCGCUAUUACCGUGACUCGUGUAUAAAGUGUAAAUUAACGAGUAUCAAGUGUCUAAAGUGUAGCGAGACUCGAUAAAGCACUGAGACGAUCUUAAAUUGUGCUAUGUCAUAGAACUCAAUUAGUCAUUAGUGUGGUGUGGAUAUAAGUGUAUAUUAGGGUCUCUGUAUGCUCACAUUGCUUCGAAGCUAGCCCCAGUCUUUACUGUUGCUUCAUUUGAUGAAAUGUGGACUGUUUUACUAAGACUGUCUACACUAUUACAUAUAUUUUACUGCAAUAAUCUCAUACAUUCUAUAAUGGACUUUGAAAUUUAAAUAUUUACUAGUUAUUUAAUAUCUCAAACUCUGAUAGAUAUUAUUGCAGUAUUAGGUUGUUUCAUUAGGGAGCUAAGUAAUUAUUCAUACAAUGCAAGAAAAAUAAUUGCAAUAUUUUGAGUAUUUUAUAAUAUUAAAAUGAUCAAUACCCUUAUUUUGCAAUUGAAGUUUGUUAAAGUAGGAAGACUAAAGAACUUGAUGUAUUGGAUUACUUGAUUUAUGAGGUAUAACAACUUAUGCUAACUUGCUUUUAUUGAAGACUUUUAUUUUUAGGUUGUUAUUUAAUUAUAUUUUUCUUAUUUACAUAAGUUACAAUGAGUUACAGUAAAGGCUGGGGCUCAUGAUUUGUGACCAUAUUGUACUGAUUGGUGUAAAUUUUUCUAUAGUUUGUUACAAACUAGUGUUGUAUGGACAAUUGCAAAAUAAAAACCAAGAAUGACAAAUGUCGAUAAUCAGUCUGGUUUUUUGGUGCCCAUUAUUUUGUGAAUAUUUCGUAAUUCUAUUAUUCUUUACUACCAUACUGAAUCUUAUUUUAUUAUUUUAGAAUUUCUAUGUUAAAUAUUUAGUUCAUUUAGAUUUACUAUUAGAAUGUUAAUUGUAUUAUUUAAUCUUUACACUGAAACAUUUGUUAUCAUUGGUAUGAUGUAAGAUACCACAUUUAUUUUGCAAGUAUGCAUUGAUGCUAUAAUGAUUCUGCCUUAAUUGUAUUUAAAUCUUAGUUCUUAUGAAAAUUGAAAAUACCUAAAUACUACCAGUUAGAACCUGGUCACAAUAAUAAUUUUAACUAUCGGAAUUAAAUCAAAAUGACAAAUUUUAAUUUUUAUUAUCGAAAUUCAUUGUUGAUACGUUCCGAUUUUAAAUAUAAAUAAAUUACUCUUUUUACAGCCA